AUGCAUAUGCUGACAGCCCAGUGCCGCGCGUUGAGCAACGCUGGCCUUUCAGAAGUACUGUACUACCCCGAGGACGAUGAGUACGCCUCGACACUCAGCUCCUACUAUUCUGCCGACGUUCAGGACAUCAAGCCUCGGUGCGUCUUGCAACCGCACUCGACAGCACAAGUGUCGACAGCGCUCAAAGCUCUGAGCGAAGAAGACGGAAAGUGCUGGCUCGUUGGAAUCCGCAGUGGCGGCCACUCACCUUUCCCGUCCAACAACGUCAAACAAGGCGUCACCAUCGAUCUUGGCGCUUUAGAUGAAGUACACUAUGCCCCAGGACCGAAUGGAACCGCUGAGGAUGGCACUGUUGUCGUGGGAAGCGGUGCUCGUUGGGGCGAGGUGUACGCCAAACUUGAACCACAGGGUGCAAUGACAACUGGUGGGAGAGAAGGCCAUGUCGGCGUUGGUGGUUUCCUGCUCGGUGGUGGUUUCUCGUGGUAUUCUGGAAAGCUCGGUAUGUCUGCGGAUAAUGUCGUGAGCUAUGAGGUUGUCCUGGCUGAUGGCACUGUCGUGACGGCAGAUGCUUCAGAAAAUGCUGAUCUCUUCAAGGCCUUGAAGGGUGGUAUGAAUAACAUUGGUGUCGUGACACACUUCAAGCUCAAGACGUUCGCCUCACACAAUCUCUUUGGCGGUGUCAUGGCAUUCCCGAUAGCUCAAGCUCCAGCCAUUGCGGACAGAUUUGUCGGCAUGGUCGACAACAGCCACGUGAACCCAGCAGAGACGGGCUUUGUCUCGUACUCCUGGACACCGGCGACAGGUUCGUCUGUGGCUUUCAUCACUGUGAACACGAACGAUGUCAAGAACUCCUCCUCGUUUCAAGGACUUGAGGACUUGGGUCCUCUGGUCGAUCUCCGCAUGUCGCAGCCCGUCUCGGGAAUUGCACUGCAACUGCAAGGCACUCUCGGACUAUACAAUAUCUGGUUCACCCUCACGUUCCAAAACACAGUCGACAUGGGCCGCAAGUUCCUAGAGGUCUUCAACUCUCUCAUCGCCGACAUCCAAGGCGACAUUGACGAGUCCGUCAAUAUCAUCUUCGUCAUGACGCCUUUGCCGACUACAUACAAGAAGGGCGGUGACAACAUCCUCGGCCUGAACGAGAACCUCACCAAGAACUCCAUCGUAGUACAGUUCGAAGCGCUGAUGCCUUCGGACAAGUACAAAACUUUCUUGACGAGCAAGCUGCGCGAUGCCACCGCCGGGGUCCAGGCCUAUGCGGAGAAGACAGGGCAAGACAACAAGUGGCUCUACGUCAACUAUGCAAACCGCGAGCAGGACGCUUUGGGUACAUAUGGGGAGGAGAAUCUUGACUUUCUUGAGAGGGUGGCCAAGAAGUACGAUCCCGAGGGCUUCUUCCAGGAUAGGGUCACUGGCGGGUUCAAAAUCACAAGACGUAGCUAA